AUGGAUGCGUUCAGGCUGUUGACUCGGUCGACGAAACUGAAGCCUGCCGCUUCCACCACAGUUGGCCGGCUCCCAUCUGCAGGUAAAGCAGAGAACCCACAACUCUUUGGUUCUGCAGACAAUGGCCAAAUCUCGAGGAAGAGGAAAAGGGGAGAUGCAGCCGAAAUAAGUCCUGCCCAGGAAGAAAAGAAUGAUGAAUUCGAGGCUACCCAGCGUCUUUUGUUUGGUGGCGGUGGUGGGCUCUCGUCAUCAGCAGCCAAGACAACAGGAUUGCAAGAGCCAUCCAAAAAGGCUCGGAAAUACAAAAAUGAUACAGAAGGAACUCAAGAAUCUCACCAUCAUGACGAUUCAGACGGAGAGCAGCAAGAUCAACCCGAUCUCAUGGAAGAGUCUGAGCGUCGGUCUAUCAUGAAGACGCACAAGAUUAAAGUUGUCGAUUUGAGAGAUCUAGACGAGAUUCUAGCAGACAAGACCAAUGUUCAUGAUGAAAAUGACGGCAAUACCAAGAAGAAAAAGAAAAAGAAAGCCAGCAAUCAGACACCUUCACUCAGCAAGAAAAAGCAAAAAGAGGCCCGGCAGCUCUAUCCGGAGCCAUUGAUGUCGUUUCAAGAUCUUCGAAAGAGGUAUCGAAUUUCGAGGCGGCUGGCAGAGAACAUCGCUGAACAAGGGUUCUCAGUUCCCACUGAAGUGCAAAUGGGAAGCUUGCCUCUUCUUCUUGGAAACACAUCGUUCGACAAAACAACGGUGAAACAUGCCCACGAGCCGGAUCUGCUAGCCGUGGCACCGACAGGAAGCGGGAAGACAUUGGCAUUUUUGAUUCCUCUCAUCAAUAAGACCGUCAAUUACCAUCGCGAAAAACCCGAGAAACGCGAGAUUUCUUCGAUUGUUGUUGCGCCCACGAAAGAGCUUGUAAGUCAGAUUGUCAAUGAAGGCCGCAAGUUAGCAGUUGGAACUGGAGUAAAAAUUACGGCGAUGAAGAAGGGCAUGCAAGUUGUGGCGCACCCAAAUACCGACCACGAUGAGGAGGACGAGUCUGUUGAAUCCGAUUCAGAUCAGGAUGAAGAUGGAGACGAGCAACUCAAAUCGACGGAUGACCGAAAAGACACUACAAUAACGAAAAGUGAUAUCAUUGUCACAACACCUUUGGCCCUAGUAAAUGCAAUAUCGGUGAAUAAGACGAAGAAUAUGGACUCCCUCCCGUCGGUGCGGCAUCUCGUUUUAGACGAGGCAGACGUAUUACUCGACCCAUUGUUCCGUGAGCAGACACUCGCCGUAUGGAACGCCUGCACAAGACCCAGCCUCGGGAUAUCUUUCUGGUCUGCCACAAUGGGAUCCAGUAUUGAAGAGCUAACAAAGUCGACGCUGGAAGCCCGUCAUGACUCGCUCAAGGCAGACAAAAGACCCUUGCUCCGCUUGGUCAUCGGUCUCAAAGACUCUGCAGUCCCAAACAUUCAGCACAAAUUAAUUUAUGCGGCUACCGAACAAGGAAAACUACUCGGACUACGUCAAUUAUUGCACCCUACAGCAGCUAUUGCCCCUAAUGAAAUUCGUCUUCGCCCACCGUUUCUUGUUUUCACUCAGACGAUCCCUCGAGCUGUUGCAUUGCACUCGGAACUACUGUACGAUAUUCCGAUCGAAGCGGGCGGCUCGUCCCGUAUUGCAGUUCUCCAUUCCGACCUCUCUGAGACCCGCAGAUCUGAGAUCAUGAAGGGCUUCCGCAAAGGCGAAAUCUGGAUUAUUAUAACGACCGACUUGCUGGCACGCGGAGUUGAUUUCCGUGGCAUUAAUGGCGUAGUCAACUAUGACAUUCCAACUUCUAGUGCUGCAUAUGUCCACCGUGUGGGUCGGACGGGCAGGGCUGGACGCGAAGGAGGUGUUGCAGUGACAUAUUACACGAAGGAAGACAUACCUUAUGUCAAAAGCAUCGCCAAUCUCAUCCAUACUAGCGAGAAGCUACAGGGCAAGGAACAAUCUGUGCAGAAGUGGCUCCUUGACUCCCUUCCAGAUCUCAGCAAGAAAGACAGACAGGAUUUGAAAAAGCAUGGCGUUAAAGCCCGCGCAGCUUCGGCCAAACUUAAGGUUGACGUGGAUAAGACUGGGAAGGCUCGGAUCAGCACGAAGAGCGGAUAUGACCGUCGCAUGGAAAACAAGAAGAAGGGUGCUAUUGCAGCAAGUCGCAACAGAACGCAGAAUCCUGCCCCCGCAACCAAAACUCAUGAGAGUGGAGAUGAUGAAUGGGAGGGACUUGACGAUUAA